AUGAACUUUAAUAAAUUUAAUGAUAAAAAGAGACAUUAUUCGAUGUAUGCUGAUACAAAUAAUUAUCAAAUUUCUAAAAAACCAUCAUCGCCAAUUAUAAAUCAAUAUUUCUAUCCAGCUAUGCCUCAAUAUGCAUAUACACCGUAUAACCAAAAUGUAAAUUAUCAAAAUAUGACGCAGAAUUGUGACUAUAAUUAUAAUAAUAAAAGAUCAAUUAAAAAAAAAAAAAAUUUUCAUUAUUUUAAUAAAUAUCAAAAUAAUGAACAUACUAAUUCAAAAGAAUCAAUAGCUGAUCCUUGGUCUCAUUUAUAUGCUAAUUACCCAAACAUCCAAUUCAAAUAA